AUGUCUGCUUCCGACGAAAUCGUGUGGCAGGUCAUCAAUCAGCAAUUUUGCUCCUUCAAGCUCAAGCUUCCCACGAAGAAUCAGAAUUUCUGUCGCAACGAAUACAACGUUACUGGCCUCUGCAACCGUCAGUCGUGCCCUCUCGCAAAUUCCCGCUAUGCCACGAUCCGCGCCCACCCCGAAACGGGCGCACUCUACCUCUACAUAAAGACUAUUGAACGGUCGCACCAGCCGAACCGCUGGUGGGAGCGCAUCAAGCUUUCCUCCAACUACGCCAAGGCUCUCGAACAGGUCGACCAGCGCCUUAUCUACUGGCCAAAGUACCUUGUACACAAGAACAAGCAACGUCUCACUCGUCUGACUCAAGUCCGUAUCCGUUCGCAACGUCUGGCCAAGGAGCAGGAACGCCUCGGAGAGACACUCGUGCCCAAGCUUGCCCCGAAGGUCCGACGCCGUGAGGAAACGCGCGAGCGCAAGGCUGCUGCCGCCGCCAAGGUCGAGCGCGCGAUCGAGAGAGAGCUCAUUGAGCGCCUGAGGAGCGGUGCAUACGGCGAGCAGCCCCUGAACGUCGAUGAAGCGGUCUGGAAGAAGGUAUUGAAGGGGUUGGAGCGCGGCGGCGAGGGCGAAAGGGAUGAGGAUUUGGACGAAGGCAUCGAAGAGGAACUGGAGGAGGAGAUGGAGAACGAAGAAGGUGUCGGAGACGUUGAAUACGUUAGCGACAUUGAGGGCAGCGAGUCUGAGGACGAAGAUCUCGGCGACCUGGAGGACUGGAUUGGCGACGACUCCGGCGAAGACGAUGAGUCUGAGGAAGCAAGUGAUGAAGAUGAAGACGACAGUGAGGGCAGCAGUGAGGAGGAGGACGAAGAAGAGGAGGAUGUGGAGAAGCUGAGGAAGGCUCUCGCCAAUAUGAAGAGGAAACGGGGUCCGGAGCCUGCGCCCAAGUCUAACAAGAAGAAGUCGUCUAAGGGCCCUAAGCGGGAGAUCGAGUACGAAUAUGAACACGAGCCCGCGCCUCGCCAGACCAUCCGCGCGUAG